AUUCAAACGAGCGAGCGAUGGCGCUGCCCUUGGACAAACUCGGGGGCAUGCUGAUUCGCGCACUGACCAAACCGCUUGUGGGCGAGAUGAAGACCUUGUCCAAGUCGCACCCGUGGAUGCAACAGACCUGUGAACGCAUUGGUCAGCGCGUCAACCGGUGGAGUCUUGAGAGUGUCCUCGCGAUGCGGCUUGGUGGCAAUGCGACCAUCACGGUCAAGGAACUUCCUGCCGACCAAGCGUUCAAAAAGGGAGCUGAGAUCCUCGGCGAGACCUUCAUCUUCCUUGUGGCUGUGGCUGUGCUGACCGUCGACUACACUCGAAUGUCAGCAAAGUCCGCCCUCAAGGACAAGGCCGAGGUCGAGAGGAAUUACGACGAGUUUCUUGAGAUGGAAGCGAGGUUCCGGCUUCUGGAAACGUCCAUGCAUCGACUAGAGCGUGUCCAAGCCGAACUCCACGCCACCCUCGACAACCUCUCAUGGGAAUACCACAAGGACCUCAACGACAAGUAACAUAUCCAUCGAUCAUUCCAUGACAACACACACAAGGAGGAACAUGCACCCCGUCCAAGUCGUGACAAAGUCAUCGCGACGAGCUCUACAUAUGUGCACAAGGCCGCUUCUUGGAAGGACUAGAUGGUUUGAAUCGUGGCUGAUACUAGUACAUAUUACGGUCGGUCGUUUGAAAUCAAACCAAGAGACGGCGUAAUCUAUUCAUCCA